AUGGUCAGCAUACUAACAGUGCUGCUGGCAGGCUAUACUUCCGGAGUUUGCUCGCAUCCCACGAAGCCAAUCAGUUCUGACAGCUAUCACGAAGGUGCUGGCGUCCUUGAAUUUGUGAAUCCUCUGAUCGGCACGUAUGGAACAACACCAGAUGGAAAUGGCGGGAUGAUUCCUUCCGUCUGUCCACCUUUCGGCAUGACUCGCUGGACACCUCAGACUCGUGAAAAUUUCAUUUCGCAAGUUCCCUAUGGCGACAGCGACCGGCUCAUACACGGCUUCCAGGCCACGCAUCAACCCGCUAUCUGGAUGGGGGAAUCGGGCCAGGUGGUUUUGACCCCGGGCCUCGGAGAGGUGCAACCGUUGUUUCAAAACCGUGGCCUGCAGUUCCGUAAGAAGGAUGAAAGAAGUACGCCGUAUGUCUAUGAAGUAUUGGUUGAUGCCACUCAGCAGAUGAAUCGCAAUUGGAAUGCGACGGCAGAGGCUGUGGGGGAUGGGCCCGUUCCGGGAGGCGCUGGAGCAGUGCCGGGGGAUGUGCAAGAUGGAGCGAAUGGGCGAACACGAAAACGACACAUCGAUGAAGAGUCACUUCUCUCGAAUGAUGAAGAGUAUGAUCGGUCUAUUCUAAUCGCGAUGUCUGCGGACUCGCAUGUCGGUCAUCUCCGUCUCGAUUUCCAUCAGAAAACAAAUAGCUCUGAUGAUAAUAGUCGGGAGCAGCCUUGGGUUUUCAUUCAGGCCUCGCGUCGCAAUUGGACGGGAGAAGUUCACAUCGACCCAACAGCCAGGGAGGUCUAUGGCUACAACACAGAGCGCCAAGAGUAUCUUCUCGGUCCGGACAAAGCAUCCUCAUUCAAAGGGUAUUUCGUAUCUCGCUUCUCCGAACCCUUCUCUGAAUACGGAGUCACCGAAGGAGGUUCUGUGAGGGGUCACUCUGUCGAAAGACAUGGUAACUUCACCGGGGCAUACGUUAAGUUUCAUAACUCGACACCUCGCGUGGAAGUGCGGACUGGCGUGUCAUACAUCAGUGUCGCACAGGCAAUAAAGAACCUGGAAUUGCAAACUCCAGAUGGACACAAAUUCGAGAACACUGUGGAGGCAGUGAAAUUCGCCUGGCUUGAAAAGCUAGGCAGGGUCUCCAUCAAAGGCGUCAACCACACCCACCGCGACAAUGAUCCUCGCACCAUCUGGUACACCGGUCUAUUCCACUCUUUGCAAUAUCCCAACGACUUUUCCGAGCCGACUUCAAAUGAGCCCAAUGCUCCCCGUGUGUUUUACUCGGGCUAUACCGACAGCACACACCAGGAGAACGACUCAUAUUACCAGUCUUGGUCUAUCUGGGAUACCUACAGAGCGGAACACUCCCUGUUGACUAUAUUUGCCCCCGAGCGCGUGAACAGCAUGAUGCGCUCACUGCUGCGCAUCUUUGACUGGUCGGGGUGGUUGCCCAUGUGGGCCAACUUGGUCGAGACUAAUAUCAUGAUCGCUACAAAUGCAGAUGCAGUGCUCGCCAAUGCAUUAGAGCGUGGCUUCAAAGAUUUCGAUGUCAAGAAAGCCUGGCAGGCUGUCGAGAAAGAUGCUUAUACUCCACCCGACAACGACACCGAGACUCUGUAUUAUGACCGGGAGCCAGGAACAUCGUAUGAGGCUCGCGCAGGUCUCACUGCGUACAUGCAGCAGGGAUGGGUGUCCAAUGAUGCCUGGUCUGAAGCCGGUAGUCGCACGCUGGAUUACGCUUUCGAUGACCACGCUUGCUCGGUGGUUGCCAGCCAUGCGGGAGAAGCCGAGGCUGCUACAGAACUGGGGACACGGAGCAAAAAUUACGCAAAUAUCUGGAACAAUCAGACGCAAUUUAUGCAGGCCCGAAAUGCAAACGGCACCUGGGCAAACAAUACUUUCGGUUGGACUGAAGGUGACGACUGGGUCUACACAUUUGAUGUGAUGCACGAUGUGAAAGGGCUGGCUAUGCUCUUUGGUAGCCCUGAAGCUUUCCGGGAUAAGUUGCAUGCACACUUUGAAGGUGGACAUAACGACCAUACCAACGAGCCAAGUCAUCAUGUCCCCUAUCUUUACUCUGCUCUUGGCUAUCCAAGCCAAGCAGCUGAGGUUAUUCGGGAUAUCGCCUGGGCCAACUAUAAUGCCACCAGCGGAGGGCUCGGCGGUAAUGAAGAUCUUGGCCAAAUGAGUGCUUGGUAUGUCUUUUCUGCGCUGGGCUUCUAUCCCGUCAACCCCGCCAGCGACGAAUACAUUGUCGGCACUCCGUUCUUCGAGGAGGUCUCUAUUCGUUUUCCUGGCGGAGUCAGAACUGGUGGGCUGGAAGGUCAAGAGAGCACGCUUGAAAUUUCCGCUCUUGGUGCAACCACGAAACCCUACAUCCGCGGGCUUAAGGUUGAUGGUAAAGGCAUCAAAACUCCUGUUCUGAAACAUGGUCAGAUCGUGGGUGCUGCAAAGAUUGAGUUUGAGAUGAGUGAGACACCUACUUCCUGGGGAAGCCAGCCUUUAUGGGUGUGA